AUGGUUAUAAUGAUUGAACUCUUAUUUCUUCUUUCUUUUUUGGUUGAACUACAAAGUAAUUGCUUUCAUAUAAACCUUGAGAACAAAAUAUUGAAAGAUGCGGUAAAUUUUAUUUCACUACUUUUAAAGAUACCAGUUUCAUGGUUGUCUUUCAUUGCCCCACCACUUCUUCAUAUCAUAGAUCUUGGUUUCUCACAAAUCCUCCUAACCUCAGCUGCUUUGUUCUUCUCAUUUUUCUUCUUCCCUCUCACAAUUCAAAAAGAGUCCAAGGUUCAAGAUCUUGGUCAACAAAACUCUUUAGAAGUCAUUAAAAUAUAUAGGCCCACUGAUGAGACUGUCAGAAAUAAAGACGAAGACAAUGGAACAAUCCCUGAUGAGGAAAGCCUCAUAGAGAUCUCCUUACCAAGCGGCCAAUAUGUUGGCCAACACUUCAGUACUAUUACUGGACAUCAAGAUUUCGGGUUUAUCCAACUAUUACCCGAGUUUGAAGACGAUAAUCUGAUUGAAAUCGAUCUUUCUCUUGGAUCCGUCAAGUGUUCCAGGUUCCAGAUCAAAGCCUGAUUCAACUUCAUAUAUUUUCUACACCUAUGAAGCUCAUAAAAGUUUGGAUGUAAAGUAAUUGCGGUAUUUUUUGCACGUCACAAGUGCUGCUUGUUCUAGAUCUCUCCAGUUUUUUGGGGUUUUGCUAUUGUUAUAUGUUAGGUUCAACACUAUUUCUAGUUUUAAAAUUUCUUUUAAUUGUUCCUAAGUAUCCAAUCAA